AUGUCACUGACGUUGUUGAACAGUCGAUGUUGUCGACAAUGCAAUAGCAACUUUUCCAGUUUCUACGAUCUCAUUGCGCAUUUCGAGACAACGCAUCUUCAAGACAUCAUUUUGGCCGAACAGAAACGCAAAGAGGAGGACUCGGCGCCGAAUCGGUCAAGCGGCACGAAUUUGCCACUUUCCUACUAUUAUCGACUAUUCCCAGAUGCUGAUCCACCAAAACCCGUCCCCCUUCCGCCACCGACUCGACUCCCGUUUUGUAUCUACAGAAAAAGGCCUGCACCAGGUCAGAAUGUCGACUUCUCACAUACGAUGGCCCCGGUUUAUUCUCAUUCUCAUCCACAAGGGUCGGCUAGACGAAAAGAUGACUCGCGAACGGUGGCCGAUGACGAUGAGAGUAAUAUCUCGGAGGCUGACCUAGAAGAAGCGGAUCCGGGUGAUCCGAAUGUUUCGCUCCGCUUUCGGUGUCAAAUCCCUUCUUGUGGGAAACAAUAUAAGAAUGUGCACGGAGUGAGACACCAUAUGAUGAUGGCACACGGAGAGGAUAAAACACAGCAUUCGGCUGUGCCAACGGAAGGACCGCCGACAAAAAACGGUCGUCCAUUCAAAUGCUCACAGUGCAAUAAGCGCUACAAAUCGCAAGCCGGUUUAAACUCGCACGUGGCCAAGGAACAUAUCAGGACGGCGGAUGCAAGCGGGCACAUAUCGGCUCCGAUGUCGCCAGCCCCGCAAAUGGAACAGAAAAUCGGCCAAGGAAUGCGCCCGAUUGCCAGUCAGCCUCAGCUCUCACAAAUGCCUUCAUUUCAACAAGGCUAUCAACCCAAUUCGGUGCCUUUGGCACAAGGCAGUAUCUCACAUCCAGCGCCGAAUGUUCAGGUUCGUCAACUGCCGCCACCAGUCUCAAAUGAGCAAGGACAAGUCUCGUAUCAACAAUUUCAAGAAUAUCCGGCAAAUCAACCGACAGGCGCUGUCCUUCAAGCGCAUUUGGCUCAGCGCCGUGCCCAGCAACUGAAUGCCCAAUAUGGAGGUCAGCCACGAGCCGGCAUCAGGACGACGAGCUAUGGUGUG